AUGAGAAAACAAGUCCAAUUUAGUUCGAUCUGCCUCUUGGUUUUGCUCUCAAUCAUUGCUUUGGCUUGUACGAUUUUGAUGGUGGAAGCCAAACCGUGCACGCCAAGCGGCAAAAUCAGAGGAAAACAAGCACCAAGAGACCAGUGUGAUCCUCAUACUGAUGAUUGCUGUCAGGCAGGCAGAGUUUACAAAACCUACGAGUGUUCGCCUCCUGUUUCUAAACGCACAAAGGCAAUUCUGACUAUAAAUGAUUUUCAGAAGGGUGGAGAUGGUGGUGGAACUUCUGCGUGUGACAAUAAGUUCCAUUCCAACAACACACCAGUGGUGGCUCUAUCCACAGGAUGGUUCAAUGGCCUGAAAAGGUGCCAUAAGUACAUUACCAUCUUCGGUAAUGGAAGAAGUGCCAGAGCCAUGGUGGUUGAUGAGUGUGACUCAACGAAGGGUUGCGACUCCGAUCAUGGUUUCCAGCCACCAUGUCAAAAUAACAUUGUUGAUGCCUCUGAAGCAGUUUGGAAAGCCUUGAAAGUCCCCAAGAAAGACUGGGGAUCGAUGGAAGUUUUCUGGGCUGAUGAUUAGAUGCUGCAGUGACGAAACAUUUUUUCUGUUUCUCCUUUUUGUUCUCUACUUGUCAUCCUCUCUCUCGUGUUUUCUGGGGGGUAGCCGGGUAGGGGUUGGGACUUGGGAGGGAGGUUCCAAUGCUUGGACACAAUAAAGCA